UGAUAUACAAACACCAGCACAUAGUCCUGAAAUGGAAAUAGAAACUGUACAUACAGCACAGCAUACUUCAGAACCAAUCGAAAAUAGUCAUCAAACUGAGUCCCCUCAAACAGAAACACACUAUGACCAAAACAUGGAAACUGAGUCUGUUAACACAAUACUAAGUACUGGAAACUCGAUAGAGAAUGAUACACAAACUAGACGUACAUACAGCCAGGCAGUUAAAGGUAGAAAAACUCCAGACACAGAUUCAGAAAGUGACACAGACUAUAUGCAGAUGUGGACAGAACAACUAAACCAAAAUAUAGAUGAGAAAAUACUAGAAUCUUUCGAUCUAACACUUUGGAAUUACCAACUUAUUACAGAAGCCUUCCAAUCAAAGAAAAAAUUACAAGAACUUAUCACAUAUAAAUUCAAGACCAAACCUGCACAACAAAUACUACCAUAUGCAAUUGAGUCCAAAUUUAGACAUACUGACCGUACCUUCUUUACUACUUUUACAAGAGCCAAACGCUUUAUGCCCCAACACCAAACAGAGUAUGAAAAUCGAUUCACAAGUGCAUUACAAAAAUACAAAGCCGAGCACAAAAUAACCAUUACUGAUAAACAAACAAGAGACAAGAUACAUCUUAAACUCCGCCAAAAGCU